AAAGUGUAGAGCUAGAGCGCGGGGUAGCGCGCCGGCGCCUCCGCCACCAAACUCCUGGGGCUCCGCGGUGUUCCGAGCCACCUCUUCCCUAACCCGGAGGGGCUCUCUCACCAGGCUGCAGCCUCACUUUUUUCUGAUUUUCUUUUUCUUUAAAAAAACACCCCCACCCCUCUUCUGCUCACAGCAGCUGGUCCUUCCCUGGCUCCACUCUCCGGAGCUGCCCAUCCCUCCGGCUGCCGGCUGAGGACGCGCGCUCAGCCUUGGGCGAAGCAAAGCAGAAAAACUUGUCGGAGGGGUUUCUCCAGCCUCCACUAACCUCCUUCUCUCGGGAACACCAAUCGCCCGCCGGGGCCAGUCCUAAGUCUGGGAAAGUUCCUCCGGUGCUCAGCGCCCUCUUGGAUCUGGAACCGCACCGGCGCAGCCAGUGGAAUUAGAUCUGUUUUGAACCCAGUGGAGCGCGUCGCGGGCGCUCGGAAGUCACGGUCUGUGGGCGUCCGGGUGGCGUUGGCUGCGAGGACCCGGGAGUUUGCGGGCCGGACUGCAAGUGACCUUUCCUCCCCGCACUUGGUUGAUUCUGUCUCGGUUGGGGGCUGCGAGGGUGACAAGUUGCGGUGAGAGCUCCCGAAGUUCGGAGAGGGCUGGGCUGUCUCUCCUCUACCCGGAGUGAAAUUCUACCGAAACUGUCAGAGGCCUCCGGCUCCCACCUAAGACUCACCCGCAGAGCUCGGCCGUGUCGCCCCAUCCCCAGGGAUAACCCGGGAGCCCAGGGCCUCAAGAAAGAUUCUCUGGGCAAGGGAGGGAGGUCGCGGCAACGGCAUGGCGAGGUACCCGAGAGCCGACCUGGCUGCUGCAGGAGUUAUGUUACUUUGUCACUUUUUAACAGACCGCUUCCAGUUCGCCCACGGUGAGCCUGGACACCAUACUAACGAUUGGAAGUAUGAAGUUGCAAACACCUUUCCUCAAAGUGAAGAGGGAGUGGAAGUGGACUCUCAAGCAUACAGCCACAGGUGGAAAAGAAACGUGGACCCUUUUAAGGCAGUAGACACAAACCGAGCUAGCAUGGGCCAAGACUCUCCAGAGUCCAGAGGCUUCACUGAUCUACUAUUGGAUGAUGGGCAGGACAACACCACCCAGAUCGAGGAGGACACAGAUCACAAUUACUACAUUUCCCGGAUAUACGGCCCAGCAGAUUCUGCCAGCCGGGAUCUGUGGGUGAAUAUAGACCAAAUGGAAAAAGACAAAGUGAAGAUUCACGGGAUACUUUCCAACACUCAUCGGCAAGCCGCAAGAGUGAAUCUGUCCUUCGAUUUUCCAUUUUAUGGUCAUUUUCUAAAUGAAGUCACUGUGGCAACUGGGGGUUUUAUAUACACUGGAGAAGUUGUACAUCGAAUGCUAACAGCUACACAGUAUAUAGCCCCUUUAAUGGCAAAUUUUGAUCCCAGUGUAUCCAGAAAUUCAACUGUCAGAUACUUUGAUAAUGGCACAGCCCUUGUUGUCCAGUGGGACCACGUCCACCUGCAGGAUAAUUACAACCUGGGAAGCUUCACAUUCCAGGCCACACUCCUCAUGGACGGGCGUAUCAUCUUUGGAUACAAAGAAAUCCCUGUCUUGGUCACACAGAUAAGCUCCACAAACCACCCAGUGAAAGUCGGAUUGUCUGAUGCAUUUGUCGUGGUUCACAGGAUCCAGCAAAUACCCAAUGUUCGAAGAAGAACCAUUUAUGAGUAUCACCGAGUAGAACUACAAAUGUCCAAAAUUACCAACAUUUCAGCUGUGGAGAUGACCCCGCUCCCCACAUGUCUCCAGUUCAAUAGUUGCGGUCCUUGUGUGUCCUCACAGAUUGGUUUCAACUGCAGUUGGUGUAGCAAACUUCAAAGAUGCUCCAGUGGAUUUGAUCGCCAUCGGCAGGACUGGGUGGAUAGUGGAUGCCCAGAAGAGGUACAGUCAAAAGAGAAGAUGUGUGAGAACACAGAGCCAGGAGAGAUGUCUCAAACUACCACGACCUCGCACACAACCACCAUGCAGUUCAGGGUCCUGACCACCACCAGGAGAGCUGUGACAUCGCAGAUGCCUACCAGCCUGCCUACAGAAGAUGACACGAAGAUAGCACUACAUCUCAAAGACAGCGGAGCCUCCACAGAUGACAGUGCAGCUGAGAAGAAAGGAGGAACCCUCCAUGCAGGCCUCAUCGUUGGAAUCCUCAUCUUGAUCCUCAUUAUAGCAGCGGCCGUUCUGGUGACAGUUUAUAUGUAUCACCACCCAACAUCAGCAGCCAGCAUCUUCUUCAUUGAGAGACGCCCAAGCAGAUGGCCAGCAAUGAAGUUUCGAAGAGGAUCAGGACAUCCUGCCUAUGCGGAAGUUGAACCAGUUGGAGAGAAAGAAGGUUUUAUUGUAUCAGAGCAGUGCUAAAAUUUUAGGACAGAGCAGCACCAGUACUGGCUUACAGGUGUUAAGACUAAAACUUUGCUUAUGCGUUUAAGACAAACAGACACACACCCACAACCACACACACAAAAGAGCCCUAAACUGCUGUAGACAGAAGGGCAACGAGAUUUCUGGACAAGCCCAGCCCAGGGACAUUGAAAGGAAAACUCAGACUUGUACAAGACACCAUGUACACUGAAUAAAGGAUUCCCUAGCGGGAUGACAUCCAUGGUUCACAAGGAACAUCUCCUGUGGACUUGCCAGGAGUGUGACAAGAUGACGAUGCUUUUGGUUUAGGUGCAGGGUUGCAAAGGGAUCAAGGAAAAAAAAAAUAUGAUAAUAAAUAAAGCUUUAGUUCACACGGGA